GUGCCGCGCCACCCAUCGGAAAAGGAAGGACCCGCAUCUUAUUAGGCGUAGCUGAAGAGGCAAAGAAAUGGAGUUGUUAGGGGGAUGCUACGAACAGAUACUGUUCGGGUUCGUGGUACGCCCGGGCAAGACCUGGGCAGCUGUUCCUGAUUUCACCCACCAUGCCCACAGUGCUUCAUUGUCAGCAGUAGCUGUGAAUGACAGAUAUGUAGUCACUGGCAGCAGGGAUGAAACCAUACAAAUCUAUGAUAUGAGAAAGAAGAUAGAACAUGGGGCAUUGAUGCAGCACAAUGGUACCAUAACUUGCCUGGAAUUCUAUGGAAGUGCACAUCUAUUGAGUGGAGCUGAAGAUGGAUUCAUGUGUAUUUGGAACACAAAAAGAUGGGAAUGCUUGAAGUCUAUUAAAGCGCACAAGGGUCAUGUGACAUCUCUUUCUAUUCAUCCUUCUGGAAAGUUGGCAUUGUCAGUAGGAACAGACAAGACAUUAAGAACAUGGAACCUUGUAGAAGGAAGAUCUGCAUUCAUAAAAAAUCUAAAACAAAAUGCCCAUCUUGUUAAAUGGUCACCUAGUGGCGAGACGUAUGCGGUGGUUAUAGAUAACAAAGUGGAUAUGUACAAGCUCGAAACUGCUUCUGUCUCUGGCACCAUUGUUACAGAAAAGAGAAUAUCUUCAAUAAAGUUUAUUACAGAUUGCAUACUUGCCAUUGUAGGAGAUGAAGAAUUUGUACGGUUAUAUGACUGUAAAUCUGAAAAAUGCCUUUGUGAAUUUAAAGCUCAUGAAAACAGAAUAAAAGAAAUCUACAGUUUUGAAAUGGAAGGCUCACAUAUUCUGGUGACCGCAUCCAGCGAUGGCUACAUUAAAAUGUGGAGUCUUGAUCUUGACAAGAUUAAGGAUUCCCCAUCAUUGCUAUGUGAAGUAAAUACUAAAGCCAGGCUUACAUGCUUAGCAGUAUGGCUCAAAAAAGAUUCAGAAACAAAGCAGAAUACUAAUGAAGCUGCAAUAUCUUCAGCUCAAGCUCAUGAAGCGGAAGAGCCACUGAUUAAGAAAAAGAAAAUUUGUUGGACAGACUGUGAAAAGUCAGCAGAGGGAGAUGGCGAAGAAUCCUCCAUGAAAAGAAAACCAUCAGAAAUACAGCAAAAGAAGAAAAAAAAGUUGCAAAGAGUAAAAUGAAUAUGGAUUCAUUACCAUUUUCGGUCCUGAACAUAUACUAAAUGAACAUAUACUGAACAUACACUAAAACCACCAAUCAGUUUUCACCUUUUCCAUUUAAAUGCAAUAUUAUGGCAGUCUAUUUAUGACAAAUUGAUUUAUUAAUAUUUAUAGAAAAUACCCAUUUUGUUUAAACUGUAUCAGUUUCUAGAUCUUUUGACUAUUUUAAAGGUGGUAGGAACAACUAUCAAAUAAACAUUUUAUAAAAUAUCUGAAAUUUCCUAUUUCAGCAAGUUGCUAACAGAUUCAGGAGCUUGUGAGUACAUUGAAUGUGUUUGUUUUUUAAUUUUUAUUUGAAAUCUAUUACAUUUUUGGACGAGCAAAUCAAACACAGAAAAUCCCAUGGCAUCAAAAUAAUUUUAAAAUUAUUAAUACAGUUCCCAAAGUCGUUAUGUUGUUUUCCUUAGCCCUUUCUUUUAGAAGGAAAACUUACACUGUUGGCACUUCAUUUGUUGGUCUAAAUAAGGACUCCGUGUAUUUUUGGAUACAUAAAUAGAACAUAUCUUAGUGUGUCUCAAUAAAGAGCAGACACAUUUAUGAAAAGGAAUGUACAUGUAGAUCUAUUUUCCCCAAUUAGGAAGUGCUUCCAAUUGAAUGAGCUCUAGAUCUCCUGUGACCAUAAGGUGUUUUAUGGCUACAGAGCAAAGCAGACCAGCAGAUCUUAAUAAAUUCCUGAAUAUAGCCCUACAUUUUGACAUAAGCACCUCUCCUAUGAGCAACUUCACUAGCCUGGUUGUUGCACUAAACCUUUCAGAGCAAGCUUUCACUCAAAUAAUAUUCAAACUGGAUUAGGGUGAUUUUUAAAGGUGUUAUAAAUCUAUUCCAUAACAAUAAUUUGCUUACACCGGAUGGGCUUCAACAAUAAUCAACCAAAACCCUUCUACUGUGGCUAGAAUAUUUGCAAAUACAAUGGGUUUUUUAAAAAAAUGGUUACUGUUACAAGAUACAGGCCACUAAGCUCAUUUGAACGUUUCAAAAGGCUUACUCAGUGAACAGGGAAUUGUUCUUGCAGAUAUACCCAAGUAUUACUUAAGGAACAACAAAAUAAUAAAACAACUUGCAUGAGCAAAUAGGGGAAGGGGGUUAGGAAUAGAAAUUGCAGGUGUUCCACCUAUAGUAUUAAAUUGCUUGAAAAGUGGG